AUUGCAGACCAUGUCGCCACUGUCACUGCUCUGUUUGCUGCUAGCAUUCUACACAAUAUCAGCAGAAGAACUCAGCGAAGCAACUAAUGAGGACAACAACGCCGCCGAACUUGUCGAAGAAAAACGAAGUCCUUUAAGAAACCCAUACUCAUGGAUGAAAGUGAAACGAGCGCCGCGAAACCCUUAUUCUUGGAUGGUAGGCGAACAAUUCAAGAGGGCACGAAAUCCAUACAGCUGGAUGGCAUCGGAAAAGAGCAAGCGUUCUCUGAACUUCUUGGACGAUAACUUCCGUCAACCUCGCAACCCUUAUUCGUGGAUGUACUCGAUGUUUGAGAAGCGAGCUCGCAAUCCUUACAGCUGGAUGAACUACGAAUAAGAGCCACUACCGCCUUCUUUAAUCUUCGAACGGCCGCGUCUUCACUCUGUUGCACAUAGAUCUCGUAAAUUUCAGCUCACUGCAAUUUCCUAGCUUUUUAUAUUCCUUCGUAGUACUUUUACAUCAACGCAUAUAUGUGACGAAUUUCAAGUUGAUCUCCGUGCUUUGCACUGCUAGCAAAGCAUUCCAUCUAGUUACUCGAAGCGCAUGAUCUCUGUUACU